GACUCGACUCGUUCACACUUGUAUUUACCCAUAAUUAAAAACACAGUUAAGUUGAAUUUGUGUCUUAAUAUACAUUCUACAAAAUACAAAUCUCAGUCUCCCAAAGUUCGCUGAAGCAAACCAGACCAUCAGCAGAUCGAUCUUCGUCAUCUCUAAUGGCUCAAUCAGCGAAGCCCAUCACUAGUCCUGUUCCUCAAUCGUUGUACCCAACCCUAGCCUUUCUCCUCCUCGUUUUUGGGCUAAUUGUUACAGCUUCAUUCUUUAUCUACGCGGCAACUGCAUCAAAGAAGAACCGGAGUCUGGCUAAAGAACUCGUCACCGGAGCAGUUGCUUCUGUUUUCUUGGGUUUUGGAUCUUUAUUUUUGCUACUAUCAACCGGUGUUUAUGUCUAAUUUAUAGUGAUUCAGUCCAUCUGUUUGCUAUAUAGAGUUAUUGAGUAGUACUUAAAAGUUGCCAUGUUUUGACAAUUUCUCAGUUCAUUGUAGCUUAUGAAUCAUGAACUGUAAUUAUGAAUUGGGUUGAUUAGUGUUGCUUAAUUUCCAGAUAUUUACUGUAGUAUGAGGAGAAGAAUUUUGAUAGCGUUGGCUUAAAGCAAUACAAAAGUCAGUAGGUGGAUCAACACUUACAUUUAUGUUUCUUGUA